AUGGCGGAUCUAUUCGCAUGGCUACUCUCCUUCUUCCUCCUCAUAGCUGUUCUUGGUAUUCUCCUUUACCAGCUUAUGUGCUUGGCAGACUUAGAGUUUGAUUAUAUCAACCCAUAUGAUUCGGCAUCUCGGAUAAAUAAGGUUAUUCUGCCAGAGUUUGUUACUCAAGGAAUCCUCUGCCUCCUCCAUCUUAUAACAGGACAUUGGUUUAUGUGUCUGAUAUGCUUCCCAUACUUGUACUACAAUGCUAGAUUGUAAGUUACUUUCCAGCCAUAACUCUGAACCUUAGCUUGUACAAUUCCUUAAACUUGGAUUUUCAAAAUAAUAUAUAGAGAUAAAAUUAAGGAUAGAAUUACAUGUGGUUCUUGCACUCUUUAAUAAUGAUAUAUGUAAAAUUAAUACCUGCACAUUUUUUUCUCAUUCUCUUCUUUAUAUUACUAGUUCACUUUUUCACACCAUAAAAAUCGUAAUGAUUGGCUAGUUGAAAUUCUUAGGAAACACAUCUUUAGAUAUUGAGUAAUGCUUCUAAAAAGUUUUGGACUUUGGAGACUAAGGAUGCUCUACCAUUGCCUUUCUCCUCAAGCAUGAGACAUGAUGUUGAGAUCCAGAACUUGAAUAUUUCUUAGGGGUGCAACUUAGGCGGGCCAACCCGAAAUCAACCGUAGUUCAACCCGGAAAAAAUAGGGUUUGUGUUAGAAUUUUUAAUACUUGGAUUGGGCCUGGGUAAAAAAAUUUCAACCUAAAUUGAAUUUAGUCAAGUCUCGGG